ACUUCGGAGAAUCCCAAGGAACUUCUCUGAUGCACCCUUUCCUGUGACUUCGCCGAUCAGCCAUCACUAGUUUGUUGCAUGCAGCAGCCAUCGCAUGUCCCUAGUUUGCUUCCACGAGGUGUCAUACGAGCAGCCAGCGGUGCAGCUGCUUCAUGUGCAACUGCCUCCAUGCGCGUUAGCACGAGGCUGGAACCGCUUUAUUUUCCGCGCCACGCGCCGGAUAUGAACGACGCUCGGAAUAAUAUCGAAUGGUGGGAUAGGAACGGCGACCAUCCUCCCGACGCGCGCCUCACCCGCAGACACCUCUCUCGUCUCUCGUCUCUCCUCGCAUCUAUUUGCGUCUUGCCGCCUUCUUCCCUCGUCAUCGCUCCCUCUCUCUCUCCCGUCUCUCCCCUAUUUCUCGUGCGCGUCGCUCUGCUCCCCUCGCCGUUCGUCCGCUCAUCUGCGGCCUUCCCUUGACCCUCCUUCGCCGCUCGUCUCGCCUCGUGGCCUCCCUCACAAUCGCGUGCCCCUGCGAGUCCGUGUUGCUUGCUACUAUGGCGUGGCGCGUGCUCGCCUGCGUCGCUCUCCUCGCGCCGCUGCUGCUGGGCGCGUGGGCGUCUGAGGCGGAGUUCCUGCCGCCCGCACCGGAAGACGUGAUAAAAACGGAGGGCGGCUCGCUGUCCGUGUGGAGCCGCGAGUUCGAGUUCUUUAAGGACGCGGACAUGAAUGCGGCCGCCAUGACGAUCGCGCCUUUCUCUUUGGCCCUGCCCGAGUACAACGACGCGCCGCAGCUCUCCUUCAUCACGCACGGCUGCGCCUUUAUGGGGCUUCUCUCCCCUCUUGGGGUUCCCGCUCCGCUCAGAUACGUCCAGGACGGUGACAUCGUGGCCAUCCCCCGGGGCUGGGCCAGCUGGGCGUGGAACAACGGGUCGGAGCCUCUUAAAGCCCUACUGUUCUCCGACACGCGCGGCACAGCACAGCCAGGGGAGGUGCAUGCGUUCACCCUUAUGGGAGGGCCGCACGAGACGCUGGGGGGCAUUCUGCACGGCUUCAGCGCUGAUCUCCUGGCGAGGGCGUGGGAUGUGGAGGAGGAGGAAGCAAGGCGCGUGGUGGCGGGGCAGAAGCAUGUGGGGUUCGUAGCUGUGGGGCAUCACAACGCCCGGCGCCUCACAGGGGAGCUGCAGGCGAUGAUGGCAGGAGAGGACGAGGCUUCAGGCACGGAGGAGGCGAUGGACCCCAACGCGCUCGCGCACAUGCGCAUGGGGGACAUCUCGCCCUUCACCCGCUUCAAGUACAGCCUGUCUCAGGCGUCACCUGACAUGGCGGUGCCCAAGGGAGGUGAUAUCUUCGCUGUGGACCGCUCCAAGCUGCCCGUGCUGCACCACGUUGGGCUGUCUGCCUUCCUCUACCACCUGCAGCCCAACGCCCUGCUGGCCCCCCACUGGUACCCCAACGCGGCCAUCCUGCAUGUGGUGCUGGCGGGCAGUGGCCGCAUUGAGGUGGUGUAUCCCGACGGCCGCACCGCUCUGCACCGCGAUGUGCACACGGGAGAUGUCAUCGCUGUGCCUGCGCUCUUCCCCUCCUCCAUGGAGGCGUCUGCGGAGGGAAUGAUGUGGAUUGCAAUUGCCAACCGCCCUAUCUCCCCGCCAUCGUUCCUAGCGGGUAUUACAUCCGUGUUCAAGGGCAUUCCCAAGGAUGUCCUUGUGGCAGCCUUCAAUGUCGAUGAGGCGCUUGAGGAUAAGUUCUACAAGGCUCGUCGCGACCCCUCUGAGAUUGCUAUUUUCCCACCCACCGAUAAGAGUGCCGCUUAGAAUGUUAUGAAUGAGCUGUUUUCCAGCUGGUUUGAUGACAGGAGAAAAGUCAAAAGGGUGUACUGUGGAUGCUUAGGGGUGUGUGGAUAGAGCGAUCGCUAUUCAGUGAGACUUUGUGUAUGUUUGUUUUGUACAUAUAUGAUAGAGCGGACAUUGAUGAAAAUC